AUGAAAUUUUCCAACUCAAGUCCGCCUCCGGCUAUAGCCUCACAUCACGGGAAUAAUGGAAAUAAUGGGAACACAACGUCGGACACCACUGGCGGUGGCGUCGGAGCCGACUUCAACCCGACGGCCGCCUAUUUAUGGCUUCUGUCGCAACAACAACAGCAACAGAUCCCAAACUCAGCCGCACUUAACCUCAGUUCCCGUAACGCAAGCGUCAACAGCACCGGCAAUAGCGCCGUCACUAACACUAACUCUGUUAACAAUAAUAUCGGAAACAGUAUGACAUGUGGAAGAGGGGGCGCGAGUGAGACGGCCAGCAAUCGCAACAGCUCUACAACACCUCCACAUCCACAGCAACAGCAGAGCCAACAACCGGAACAUUGUUUGGAGACUUUGCUUAGAAAUAUUGAGGGACUUCUAGCCAUCGCUGCACACAAUGCUCGCCAACAACAGACACAACUCCACCUUCAAAAA